AUGUCCGAAAAUGAGAGCCUGGUGGACAAGGUAUGUGCAUCGACCUCCAAUGACAAGGCUUAUAGUAAUUAUGGUAGCAUGGACGGAUUCAUCCGACCGCCGCCGCCCCGAGGUCCUCCACAUAUCACCGUUCCAAGUGAUGCCCAGGAGCUUCCCCCUCCUCUCGCUCAAACCCCCUCAGCUGUGAUCCGCCCAACCCCGCAACCUGUCCACCAACCGCCGCAACCAUACGCAGCUGUCCACCAACCCCUGCAAAAGCCCGCAUCACGUGCCGACCAUUGUCCAGCUCCUGCAGUCCCCGCCCCUCCUCGUCGUGCUCCCCCAGUGGGUAACCACCCACUUGUUGAUUCCAUGCUCGCAUCUGCGCAGCUGUUGGAUACAGACCUUCAGCUAGCGCAGCAACUAUUCAACGCCCCCGAGGAAACCCGCUGGCAAUUACAAGUUGUCAUGUGGUUGACCCAACGCCGCCUCACUGCUGCAUUACCCGCCGCAGCUGACCCCGCCCAUGAGACCGCUCAUGUUUAUUCCCAGGUUUUCCGUACCCGAGUGCGUCAAAGGAUCCAAGAGAUCCUAAUGCAAAGCACACUUGAAUCGUACAGCCGGGCACAAUUGGCAUAUGGGCAAAUCUCUGUGCACUCGCCACUGCCCUUAAUCAAAAGCUACAUAUUAGAGCAGUCUCCAGCUUUCCGGAGACAACACCUUCCCGCGGGGAUUCCCCACAAUCACGAAGCCAUGGCGGGCCUCGCAACCUUCUUGCGCGGAAUGGUCAAGCAUGAGCAAACUCACAUGCGCAACUUGCUCUUGUCAAAUGUUUGA